AAAAAAAAAAAAAAAGAGAGAGAGAGAGAGAGAGAGAGAAACGCAGCGCAACUAAUAGGACAGAACGCAGGUGUCUCGAGGCGAAUUUUUAAAGACGCAUCCUGCACCAGACGUUGUAAAAACGCCGCGCAACGGUCAAGGACGCACGUAAAAAACAAUGCAACAAGAGUGCAGACGGAUGCAAAAAAAAUGCGUUCGGUAUGAACUGCCCCUUAUGCAAUUAAAAGGGCAAACACGAUUGUCAGAGAGAAUCUGAGAUGUAGAACGUUACUUAUGCUGAUGCCUUGAGUGGAUGUGGGAUCACAGUCGUAUUUAGCUAUCAAUAGCGUCUAUUCAUAGUGUUUAAAACAAUAAAUAGUUCUGGUGGCAGUGAUAUCAAGACUGGUCUACAUCACCCCGAAUGACCUCAACGACUCUGCGGCAAAUCAACUGGGGGUGGUAUCGUAGUGAAGACCGGGCGCAGCAGUGAUUGUGUCUUUUCCUCUCACGGUAAGUCAUUUGGCGCUGGUCUGAAGCUGCUGCGCACGUGUCUCCGUCUAUCCUCUGUUGUGAAGUCCACGCGCCCCUGCUGCUGUGUGCGCAGAGCAAAUGCAAUGUAAACGAAACGACGGUAGGACAACAUGACUAUCCCAAAAGACAUCCCGGAGAAGUGGUUUCCAAUCAUUCUCCCUUUGAAAAGGAAGAAAGAGGGAUUAUCCAGUUCUACAAAAAUAAGAAAAGGAGCAGAGGAGGAAAGGAGAGUCCGAGCCAAUGAUAGAGAGUACAAUGAGAAGUUCCAGUAUGCUAGCAAUUGCAUCAUGACCUCAAAGUAUAACAUCAUCACCUUCCUACCAGUCAACCUGUUUGAGCAGUUCCAGGAAGUUGCCAACACCUACUUCCUGUUUCUCCUCAUACUGCAGUUGAUUCCACAGAUUUCCUCGUUGUCCUGGUUCACCACCAUUGUGCCUUUAGUGCUGGUGCUGAGCAUCACUGCAGUCAAAGAUGCCACUGAUGACUAUUUUCGUCACAAGAGUGACAACCAGGUGAAUAACCGUCAGUCUCAGGUCCUCAUCGCUGGCAUUCUUCAGAAGGAGAACUGGAUGAAUGUCAGAGUGGGUGACAUCAUCAAACUAGAGAACAAUCAAUUUGUGGCAGCUGACCUGCUGCUGUUGUCCAGCAGUGAACCUCAUGGUCUGUGCUACAUUGAGACUGCAGAACUGGAUGGCGAGACGAACAUGAAAGUGCGUCAGUCUCUGUCUGUUACCUCAGAGCUUGGGGAUCCUAAUAAUCUAGCCCAGUUUGAUGGAGAAGUGGUGUGUGAGCCUCCCAACAACAAGCUAGACCGUUUCUGUGGUACCCUGUAUUGGAAAGACUGUAAAUACCCCCUCAGCAACCAAAACAUGUUGCUCCGUGGCUGUGUACUGCGCAACACAGAGAGCUGCUACGGCCUUGUUAUAUUCGCAGGUCCCGACACCAAGCUGAUGCAGAAUAGUGGCUGCACCAAGUUUAAGCGGACCAGUAUAGACCGGCUGAUGAACACACUGGUGCUAUGGAUUUUUGGGUUCCUGGUGUGUAUGGGAGUGAUUUUGGCCAUAGGGAAUGCGGUGUGGGAAAAAGAAGUGGGCUCUCUGUUUCAGAGUUUCCUCCCCUGGGACCCUCCAGUCAACAACUUCCUGUUCUCUGCGUUCCUCUCCUUCUGGUCCUAUGUCAUCAUCCUCAACACGGUUGUGCCCAUCUCCCUCUAUGUCAGUGUGGAGGUGAUUCGUCUAGGUCACAGUUACUUCAUUAAUUGGGACCGGCGGAUGUUCUGUAGCCAUAGUAACACAGCAGCAGAGGCCAGAACCACCACACUAAAUGAAGAGCUGGGACAGGUGGAGUACAUCUUCAGUGACAAGACAGGAACCCUCACGCAGAACAUCAUGACCUUCAACAAGUGCUCCAUCAACGGGCAUGCAUAUGGUGAAGUAAUAGAUAUCCUAGGGUCUCAACAAAAGAGGGCACAGCCCCUGGAUUUCAGUACUUGGAACCCCUUAGCAGACCGGGACUUCUGUUUCUAUGACCAGUCUCUGCUUGAGGCAGUAAUGGUGGGAGAACCGGCCGUGCAUGAAUUCUUCCGAGUGCUUUCUCUCUGCCACACAGUCAUGAGUGAGGAGAAGAGCGAGGGAGAGCUAGUGUAUAAGGCUCAGUCUCCAGACGAGGGUGCAUUGGUAACGGCUGCGCGUAACUUUGGCAUUGUGUUUCGCUCUCGCACACCUGGUACAGUCACCACACAAGAGCUCGGCAAAGAGGUCACAUAUACGCUCCUCGCCAUCCUGGACUUCAAUAACAUCCGCAAAAGAAUGUCUGUCAUAGUAAGGAAUCCGGAGGGUCGUAUCCGUCUGUACUGUAAGGGGGCAGACACUGUGCUUUUUGAGAGGCUUCAUUCUUGCAAUCAGGAGCUGAUGAAUAUCACUUCAGACCAUCUUAACGAGUAUGCGGUUGACGGGUUGCGGACUCUUGCUGUGGCGUAUCGGGAUCUGUCUGAGGAGCAGUGGGAGCAGUGGGCGGAGCAUUACCGUCGUGCUGAUAAGUCCACAGACUGCCGGGAGGAUCGACUGGCUGCUGCCUAUGAGGAGAUCGAACAGGAUAUGAUGUUGCUAGGGGCAACGGCUAUAGAAGAUAAACUGCAGGAGGGGGUUCCUGAGACCAUUGCCAUACUCUCAUUGGCUAACAUCAAGAUCUGGGUGCUAACUGGAGACAAGCAGGAGACUGCAGUGAAUAUUGGUUAUUCCUGUAAAAUGCUGACAGAUGACAUGACAGAGGUCUUCAUUGUAAAUGGACGCACUGUACAAAGUGUGCGGGAGGAACUGAGAAAAGCAAGAGAACGAAUGUUGGAGUCAGCACGUGCCAGAGAUGGAGGGAAGGAGGCUGAAGCUCAGGGUUGGGGUGGGGUGUGUGCUCUUGGAAAUGGUUGUGGAGGUGGUGGUGCUGCUAACUAUAUGCCUGAUGAGGCCAAAUGCCCCCCUCCUCAGGCCCCGCCCUCCUCCUUGCUGGAGUCAGUCAGUGGAGAGUUUGCCCUCAUCAUCAAUGGACACAGCUUGGCUCAUGCAUUGGAGAUGGAUAUGGAGCGUGAGUUUUUGGAGACAGCUUGUGCUUGUCGAGCAGUAAUUUGCUGCAGAGUUACUCCUCUACAGAAAGCUCUGGUGGUAGAGCUGGUUAAACGCCGUAAGAAGGCCGUCACACUUGCCAUCGGAGAUGGAGCCAAUGAUGUCAGCAUGAUAAAGACAGCUCAUAUUGGUGUGGGCAUCAGCGGUCAGGAGGGGAUCCAGGCCGUGCUUUCAUCAGAUUACUCUUUUUCCCAGUUCCGCUUCCUGCAGCAACUUUUGCUGGUGCACGGACGUUGGUCCUACCUGCGUAUGUGUCGUUUUCUAUGUUACUUCUUCUACAAAAACUUUGCCUUCACUAUGGUGCACUUCUGGUUUGGAUUCUUCUGUGGAUUCUCAGCACAGACUGUCUACGACCAGUAUUUCAUCACUCUCUACAAUAUUGUGUACACAUCCCUGCCUGUGUUGGCAAUGGGCAUCUUUGAUCAGGAUGUCCCUGAACAGAGGAGUCUAGAGUAUCCAAAGCUGUAUGAGCCAGGCCAGCUGAACCUGCUGUUUAACAAACGCGAGUUCUUCAUCUGCAUCGCACAAGGAAUCUACACCUCUGUGGUUCUGUUCUUCAUUCCUUAUGGCAUUCUCUCUAACGCCACACAGAGUAAUGGAAUUCCACUGGCAGACUAUCAAACUUUCGCUGUCGCUACUGCUACAGCCCUUGUCAUAGUCGUCAGCGUCCAAAUUGCUCUGGACACGGGUUAUUGGACAGCUAUAAAUCACUUCUUUAUAUGGGGCUCUUUGGGUACCUACUUCACUAUCCUCUUUGCUAUGCACUCCAGCAUCCUGUUCAACAUCUUCCCCAAGCAGUUCCAUUUCCUUGGAAGUGCACAUAACACACUAGGGCAGCCAGUGGUGUGGUUAACUAUUGCUCUGGCUACCGUCAUCUGUAUUGCUCCCGUCCUCGCUUUCCGCUUCCUCAAACUGGACCUAAAACCUCAGCUCUCAGAUACUGUGCGCUACACUCAACUCGUGCGACAGAAGAAGAGAAAUCUCAGUGGGCGCACGGGUCGUGGAGUGGGUGGAGCUGGAGCAGCUGGUGGCAAUGCUCUGGGUCGUCUGGGCAGAGGUGGCUCUCGACGCUCUGGUUAUGCGUUUGCGCAUCAGGAAGGUUUUGGCGAGCUGAUCACAUCGGGAAAGAAUAUGCGCCUGAGCUCAUUUGCCUCCCGCCACAGCAGUGGCUGGAUUGACACUCUUCGCAAGAAAAAACAUUCAAACAACAGUGGUGCACAGAAUAUCCUGACAAAUGGAGAUGACUGUAAAGUCUCCUCUCAAGCCCCACCCCUUUCCACUUCUUCAUCAGUGAUUGGUCCUCAGGGCACAACCCCAGGGGAGACAGGGCAAUCAUGUAAUGAAACUGACCUCACUCGCAGCCUUGAUGACAUUGCUCUCAGCAUGGUUAGGUGUACAGAAAAAGUGGCUGGAGGAUGUAGUAAUGGAACUGUGCAGGAAACACUGUUUGUUUGGAGGGGACCUGCACCCCGGAUCAGUGGUGCCAGCAGCCCAGUACCGCCCCCCAUUGCAGAGGAAACUUCUAGUGGCGAGUGAGAAAAGGUGAAUGACAGGUGGAUAAACCAACUGGAAUCCUUUAUGUGGAUGCUCUUGCCUUCUGGUUUGUUUGGUCAUGUUUCUGUGUGAGAAGAUGGCCAGUGAAGACAGGCACCAGACAGCUUGGAAGUAAAGACAUGUUUUUAAAAAUAUGCAGAUUCAGUGGACAGCAGGCAGUACAAAGAGGGUUAUUUGUUGUCACAUUCCCUGUAUUUCACUGUAUACAUUCUCUCAUAUCUUGUCUGUAAGGAGAGCUUAUUUGAAGUUAUUUGAGCUGUUUAUGGCUGAAAGAAUGUUCUAUUCUAGUCGACUUGUUAAAACAACAAACCACCAAAUAACAUGACAUGGGUGACAUACCACACACCUCCCUGUCCAUGUAGCUGAUGUUAAUAGCUCUCAUAUGCUAAAUGAAAUUUUAAGUUAAAAUUACAUGUUUAAUUUAUAUGUGUAAAUUUAGACUUUUUUUUAUUUGGAGAGAAAGCAAGGAAAGAAAUGUCUACUUAUUAGUUAAAUGAGUAUUACCUCAGUCAUUCUCAGUCAUAUCGAGUUUUGUUAUGUUUUCUUUUUCAAAGGGAGUAGUCCUGUAUUUUAUAUUCUUCUUUUGAAAUCUCAGUCAGGUCAACGGAUUUCUUUUAUUCUAAUGUACAUAUGACAAGCAUUCUUAUUCUUCCUUCUUUUUUUUUUUUAUCUCUCUGUCACUCUCUUUCUCUUGUGGUCUAAUUUUAAGAUCUUUUUCAGCACAUUAAGUCAAAUUACUUCUCUUUUUUAUCUGUUUGUUGCUCAGCAUAAGCCUUUUGACCUUUUCUUUAAUGAUAAUCUCUUUUAAAAUUCUGCUCAUAUACGAUGAUCAUAUAUACACUUAAAAAAUAUUUUGCCCUAUUUUUUUUCUCCCCAAUUUUGAAAUGCCCAAUUUUCACUACUUGCUAGGUCCUCGUGGUUGUGCGGUUACUCACCUCAAUCCGGGUGGCGAAGGACAAGUCUCAGUUGCCUCCACUACUGAGACAGUCAAUCCGUGCAUCUUAUCACGUGGCUUGCUGUGCAUGACACCGUGGAGACUCACAGCGUGUGGAGACUCAUGCUACUCUCCGCGAUCCAUGCACAACUUACCACGUGCCCCAUUGAGAGUGAGAACCACUUAAUCGCGACCACGAGGAGGUUACCCCAUGUGAUUCUACCCUCCCUAGCAACUGGGCCAAUUUGGUUGCUUAGGAGACCUGGCUGGAGUCACUUAGCACACCCUGGAUUCGAACUGUUGACUCCAGGGGUGGUAGUCAACGACAAUACUUGCUGAGCUAUCCAGGCCCUAUUUUACCCUAUUUUUUAAGAUUUGUGCGUUUUAAUUUUUUAACAAAAUUCCAUCAAAUUGAAUUGUGUAAUGUUUAACAAAAAUGUAUUAAAAAAUGUAAAAAAUAAUAAUUUUACUUUAUUUUUUUUUACUUUUUGAUGAAUGAUUACUCAUUUCAAUGUGAUAGAAUUUUGUUAUGAAAUUGAAAUGCUUAAAUCUUAAAAGUAUUUUUUGAGUGUAUGUAAUCGUCAGCUGAGAAGUGAAUAUCCCCAUGUGCUGUUAGAGAACAUGUGUUGUGGGUCUGUUUGACAUUGAAUCCAUUUCAUUUUCUGUAAACUAUAACUUCAGCCUGCUUAGCAGAUUCGCUUUGCUUCCCACUGAUGAGAAUAGCACUAAGUGUGUGUUUCUGAGCGACAAAACACUAUUGUUCUCAGUGAGAACGUGACUCUACUCAAAUGGAUGAAACCCUUCUUUCCUCAUCCCUCUCUUUUCACCAUAUUGGUGCUCCAACCCUGAACGUCUAUCAAGACUAAAAGCUACUGUAAAAGCUGGUUGACUGGAAGUCCAAUCAGUUCAAACCCGAAACUGUUCAGCUGGAUCUUUGAGCAAUUAGCCAUUUGGUUUACAGUGGUGCACUGAUCCAAUGGACUAUAAAAUUGAAUAUGUUUGGAGUUUUUGUGAAGUUGGAAAAAAAUGUUUCACAAAAGAGUUACCAAAUGGAUUCCACCUUGACUGUCUUAGUCUUAAUGUGGCCUUCACCAGUAUUUUAAUUUAUUUUGCGUGUAUGUUAUUGUGAAUGAGAGACAGACCAAGAGAGUACUGAGAGACUAUAACUUAUUGAGACUUGCCAUGCGCUCUUAUAGUUAGACCUAGCUCUCAUACUGUUCAAUAGCGGUAACAAUGUAUGCCUUAAAAGUAAAAAGUGUCAGUGUUAUUUUUUUUUAAAAAUGUGUACAUAUUUCCAUCCACAGCAUAAAAAUAUAUUGCAAUAAGAUAUUUAAAGUAACUCAAAGCAUAUGGGUUUCUGUCAGCCAAAUUAAUGGGAAGGUCCAUUCAUCAUGACCUGUGUUGUAAACAGUAGAUGACCCUGCUGUUGUGACCUAGUAAAAAA